GCCUGACCCUCUAAAGCCUGGAAAUCGCAUUGUGACUGCGCAUGUCCUUCGCGCUGUCCCGCUGACAUGCGCAGCGCGCAGUGGAUGUGUUGGGGGAAGAUGGCGGACGCCGGGUACCUAGGGUGGCGAAAGCUCGGUUUGACAGUGCUGUUACUCCUGGCCGUGUGGGCACCAAUACCGGCUGUACAGGCCCAGAGGAGUUUGGUCAAAGUCAUCACCGACCACAACUGGAGGGAGAUCCUGGAGGGGGAGUGGAUGGUGGAGUUCUAUGCCCCCUGGUGCCCUGCCUGCCAGCAGCUUCAAUCUGAAUGGAAUGAGUUUGCAGAGUGGAGUGAUGAUCUGGGUGUUAAUGUAGCCAAAGUGGAUGUAACUGAACAGCCAGGUUUGAGUGGCCGUUUCAUUAUUACUGCUCUUCCUACGAUAUACCACUGUAAGGAUGGAGAGUUUAGAAAAUAUCAAGGCCCUAGAAUGAAGAAUGACUUUAUUGACUUUAUAGAUGGAAAGAAAUGGGAAUCCAUUGAACCAAUGUAUUCUUGGUUACAGCCUUCUUCCUUUUUGAUGACUAGCAUGUCAGCAUUAUUUCAGCUGUCAAUGUGGAUUCGUCAUUGUCACAAUUACUUCACGGAAAUUAUUGGCAUACCAGUUUGGGGAUCAUAUAGCAUUUUUGCUUUGAUAACGCUUGUUUCUGGUCUUGCACUUGGAUUGAUUCUGGUCUUUGUGGCAGACUGUGUGUUGCCAUCUCGACGAUAUAGACAACAACCACAUUGUUCCCAAAAAAAAAUGCCACCAACCAAGCUAUUGAAGCCAAAGGAUUGGCAGUUUCAGGAAGAGGAUAAUGAAACUGAAGAUGAUCUGUGCUCACAAGCAAAAGAAAGCAGUAGUAAAACAUUUGAGAAGGCUGUGGUGAAUGAUUGUGGAGAUUACUUAAAGGAUUGUGUCAGAAAACGUACUAAAGAGCACACUGAAAGAGCUGAUGAUUCCUCAUUUUAACACCAAACUAAAACGUAGGGUGACUGUGACUGAAGCUGCAGUGCUUUUGUAAGGCAUUCACCACUUUUGAUUAAGCUGUGGAUUUAUGGGCCAAGGCAACUGUACAUUAAAAACUUGAGAUCAGCUGUGAUGGGUAGCAAUAUUGUACUAAGCUUGCUUUUAUUGCUGCAGGCUUUACCACAAAAUUGAGAAGCUUGAAUCGUGAAAACAAGUUCUGCAUGCUCUUUUGAGUCUUCCACACUUUCUUGGUAGUACAACCAAUAUGGUAUUGAGUCCUUUGUAUGUUGUGGGGGAAGGCUUGAAGUGGAGCGAUUAUAAAAUUACUAUUAUGGCAGUACCCUUGAUCUAAAUCUAAAGAUGCAUAUCUCUCAAGCUGCUUGCUAAAGGUUUUUGUUUUCCAAAAUGGCAGUUUAGAAAUGUGACCUGAUUGCUAAUUAUACUUGCUCAUGUAACAACUAAUUUCUGCAGAAUUACAAAAAGCAGCUGUGCAACAUGUUCCAGAACAAUGCUAUGUCUUUUCUCUGCCAGUUUUGCUUCCUUUUAUUUCAAACGGUAAACUAGAGAUGAUUUUGAAAAACUCAAAAGUAGUUAUUGACAGCUUUUUGGAAUUUCAGCUUAUGAGCCAAUAAUUGGAUUCAAGAAUCAAAUCUUGUAUUUCAGUUGGGUCUAAACCCUUAAUCUGUCACUGCCUCACAGUUAUUUAAAUUUGGUAUCCUAGAUUCAAAGUUCCUGUUCAUUAGCCCUUAACUGUAUUAAUUUUUUUUUCUAUUGAGUGUUUUAUGAUUCAAAUCUUUGCCAUAAUAUAAACACUUGGUAGACAAACCAGCCUAUUUGUUUAUGAACAUUCAAAUCUAGAAGCACAUUGGACAUGAAAAGAUUAGCUGGUUCUUCAUACUACCUGACUGUAAAUGUGACUUUUUAGAAAAUAUGUGAAAAUAAUCAUUGGUGGCCUAAAUUUCAAUGAAUUCUUCAAGUGCUGGUUAUAAGGGACAGGAGUUUUAAAAUUUUUAUUCAAUACGAAUAGUAGCCCUAUGGCUCAAUUAGCAAAUAGCCUAUAUUGCACUGCUUUGAGCUGUAUAAAUCAAGAAGGACCCUGGUCUUUGGUGAGUGACCUGUGUGGGAUUUGAAGUUUUGAUUUGAUUGAGCACCGUAAUAAGCUUCACUGUUAGUUAGGGAGGAGAAAAAUUAGCCCAGCUUUCUCUCAUGAUUGCUACCAGUGAUUCCAAUAUAUCUAGUACAGUGUGGUCUUUUACCCUAAUGACCUACACUAUCAUAUACCCCAUUGACACUCAGGGUUCAGACUCAGAUGUGAAUAAUGGCCAAAAGUAAAAUUUUAGUAGAAUGCUGGGCCCAAUAGAAAUAUAUUGAGCUUGUCACUGGGAGUCAUAAUGAGAGAACCUUUGGAUCAGGUAAAAGGUGCUGCAUUAUAAUCUACUAUUUAAUUAAAGGGAUGGGAUGCAUAAAGACCAAAAGUUUCAGAUAUCUGCACUCCCAUUGAGUGUACAUGAAUAGUACCUCAAAUAUGUUUAGCUUCUCAUCUGGCAAAUCAUUAUUGAAGAGGGCUUGUGGUUUCAAUUAAGGACUUGAAGUUUAUUAGCUAAAGCACCAACUAGUUUACAGUGCUUUAUUUGUUACAGAGAUAUUUUCAAUGGGCAGAGAAUUUGCUCUUAAAAUGUUCCUUCCCUGUAGAAUAGGUGAAAAAUAUGACUUUUUAUAUUUUGGGUUUAGAGUUAAAGCUCUUCUAACAGUGCCAUUAAAUUCUGGUGCAUUAGUCGGAACUGCUGUUUUGAAUGCCAGAAAGUAAAUUCUUGUUACUUAAAAUACACUAUCAGUGUGCAGACAAUAAACAUCUGUAUGAAUGGGAUACAUACACUGGAUUUACUGUAACUUUUGUUUGCUGUGAUAUGACUUUCUUUAACUAUGUGAGAUGUAUUUAGCUGUCAGAGUUGUGUAUUGGACUUUUGAAUUAAUUAUUGGACAUAGUGGGAUAACAGACUAAUUGCAAAGUCCAUUUAUUAUUUACAACUUUGAGAGUAUAUCUAAACACAGGUUCCAGAUUCUCAAGCAGAUUUUUGUUUUGUUGGCGAGCUUAUGUUUAAAAGGGACUGAGAUUAAAAUUGAAGAAAAACAUUUUGUAAAUAGUUUUUUUUCUAACAAUAUUGUUGUAUGUUUAUAGGAAGUGCCUGGCAACCAUUUGGUUAUGUUAGGCUGAUGUAUCUUUUUCUUAAGCUGUCUAUGCUGAGAUUAUAAGGUCUUUUUUUGUCUUUAAUUCUUAUAAAGCUAUUUCUUCCAAUGAU